AUGGGUUGUAAUAGUUCAACUCUGUCCGGACCAGAGUCCAAGCAUAAUGAUGACCUCAACAACUAUUUGAGACAGGCUGGCAAGGAGGCGAUGUUGGAUUUCAGAGUGUUGCUGUUGGGCGCUGGCGAGUCUGGCAAGUCCACAGUGGUCAAGCAAUUGAAAUCAAUAUACAAGAUACAGGUGGAUGAUGCCGAGCUGCAAAGUUACGCUGCCAACAUACACAAGAACACCGUACUUUGCAUGCAGGUGUUAUUGGAAGCCUGUGAGACACUUGGUGUCGAAUUGAGCGAUCAAGAGUCAAAGAAAAGAGCCAAUAAUAUAAGAUCAUUCCAGUUCGAACAGGAGGUCAAACAGAUGCCAGUUAGCAUUGGUUUGGAUAUUGAAGAGCUGUGGAAGGACCAAGACAUUCAAAAGAUUUGGGAAAGGAGGUCAGAGUAUUGGUUCCUAGACGCUACGCCAUAUUACUUUGAUAACAUCAAUAGAUUCCUAGACGAUGACUUUAGACCAACAGAGGAGGAUAUCAUCAUGACAAGAGUCAGAACAACCGGUAUAUCAGUGACAGAAUUUGACGAAGGACCCGUUCACUUCCGCGUGGUCGACGUCGGUGGACAGAGAAACGAGCGAAAGAAAUGGAUACACUGCUUCGACGAUGUCAAGGCACUCUUAUUCGUAGUUAACCUGGCAGGAUAUGACCAGGUGAUGUUUGAAGACCCAACUCAGAAUAGGAUGCAAGAGUCACUGACGCUGUUUGGUCAGAUAUGUAACAAUCCGAUAUUUGCUGACACUCCAACAUUCCUGAUGCUGAACAAGAAGGAUCUGUUUGAGCAGAUGAUACAAAAGACCGACCUGUCAAAGUGUUUCCCCGACUAUGAUGGCGGCAAUGACACCAAGUUGGCACUGGAGUUUAUCAAGGGCAAGUUCCAGGCCAAGCUGCAGCCUGCCAACAAAGUAUUGUACACUCAUUACAUAGCUGCGCGUUACAAGAAGGACAUCAAGUUCACUUGGGAUGAGGUCAAGACCGUGCUGUUGGAGGAGAACAAGAAGAUCCUGCUGCGGGCCACCAGAGAUCUGAAUGUUGCCAAGAGGAAGAACACAACACAACAGCCACAAAAGGCUUAA